CUUGGCAACCCAAAACUCUCCGUGUGCAGUGUAACAUUGCUUUUAAGUGGGCUGAUAUAGCUUGGGCACUAUCAAAGAUUAGUCUCCUCAUGCAGGCCAUCCAAUCAAACAGAGCCAAUGUUUUGGGAUUUAGUAUUUUGCGUGAAAAAUCCAAGUCAUUUGUUUUAAAUUUCAGAUUUUUAAAGCCUACAAAACGGAAUUUACGGACGUAUGAAAACUGAAGCAUUUCAUUUGACAUACCCUCUAUCCUGCCGCGUGAUGGGAACAAUCGGAGGAGGUUUACAUUAGUAUUUGGACAUGCAAUGAUUUUUGUUUUAGUUGAUUCAAAAUUUAUUACUUCGAACUCGAAGUGUAGCAAAUGCUGAACAUGGAAAUGCAGUCACAUGAUCCCAAAAUGGCUCCCUCCGGUGGAUCGCGAGACAGACCUGUAAAGUCAGAAAGUCAACAGUCGAUCGUGUCUAGGCGAGAGGACGAAUACGUUGUUUAUGGAAGAAGAUGGUUUAUUCUGAUUGUGAUCGUUAUUUUGAAUUUGUCUAAUGCAAUGUGUUAAGGACUUACGAAUUAUCAACGAGACAUGGAUUACCUUUUCCCCUAUUGCUGAUCUCACCAGUACAUACUACAAUGUAAAUGCAUUUAAAGUGAAUAUCUUAUCACUGAUUUUUAUGGUGGCAUCUGUUCCUUUUGGUUUCGCUGCUUCUUGGGUACUGGACACUUAUGGACUACGUACUAGUAUACUGUUGUCAGCGUGGCUGAAUGGCAUCGGAAACCUCCUGAGGAAUGUGAGUACAUUUGGAGAUAUUCCCAAUGACCUGAGGUUUUGGAUCUUGCUGGCGGGACAGACAUUGGCAGCCAUUUCUCAGCCUUUUGUGAUGUUUGCUCCAACAAAGUUAGCGGCUUUGUGGUUCCCUGACUCACAGAGAGCUACAGCAAAUAUGAUGGCAUCCAUGGCGAAUCCACUAGGAAUUUUAUCAGCCAACUUGAUAGCUCCAGCUAUGGUCAAUGGCUGUAAUUCAGACGAACUUCCCAGGGCUCUUUGGGUGAUAUCCUCCCCAGCCUUUUUGGUGGUUUUCAUGGCAACUUUUGGGGUAUGUUCCUCAGUUCCACCUACCCCUCCAACAGCGAGUGCAGACGAGGCAUCCGAAUCAUUUAAAGAGGGGCUUAAAAAGAUUGUAAAGAACAAGAACUACUGGGUGUUGUGUCUGAGUUUUGGGACCGGGCUGGCCGUUUUCUCAUCUGUGACCUCAUUUCUUGACCAGGCCCUUUGUCCAAGAGGAUACUCGAAUGAUUUUGCGGGGCUCUGUGGAGCAUUGAUGAUAGUUGGUGGUGUCGUUGGAGCCAUUAUCGCGGGGAUCUAUGUAGACAAAACCAAACGCUUUGAAGAAGUUGUCAAAAUCUCGUUUGCUAUAGCAGUGGUGUUUGGAGUUGUGUUUUUUGAGCUUGCUAGAUAUAAAAACCAAGAAAUUCUACUGGCUAUAAUGGUGACAGCAUUUGGAACAUUUGGCUUUGCCAUGUAUCCGAUAUCCAUGGAGUUGGCUGUAGAAAUUACCUACCCUGUUGCCGAGGCAACGAGCUCUGGUCUCUUAGUUGUGUCAGGGCAAGUCCAGGGAAUUAUCAUUGUUUUAGCGACCCAGUUCUUGACCCAGCCUCUUUCUGCUGCUCAGCUGGCAGAUUCAGCCUGUGCUCAAGGGUCUGGGUGCAGCAGUAGUGGAGCUGACUCAUUCACCCCUCAGGACUGGACUGUGCCUGGACUUUUCAUGAACGGUUUGUCCGCAAUAGCUGCGUGUGCUGUGAUUUUGUUUAUGAAGGGAGACUAUAAGAGAGUGAAAGCCGAGAAACAGUUAAAUGCAGAGAGAGUUUUAAACAUUUCUCGCAGCUUACCCAGUAUAGUAGAAGUUCAGAGUAACACCCAGGACAGGCUGUGAAAGAAAGAUUCAAGCGACACGCUGAUCUCAAGCAAUGGCAGCAGUGAAGCAGUCGCCAGGAGAUGUCGUCUGCUGACCAGGGAAUUUUUCUGUGAUAUAUGAUAUCAGGGAAAAGAUUUUCUAUCAAGUUCUUAUACAUUCACCUUGCGUUCUAACCUGUUGUGAUUUUUGUUAUUCAAGUAUUCAUGUUUAUCUUUAAAGUUAAUCUUUCUUAAAAAAAGAAAUACUUUUAGAGAACAAAUGUCAUAUAUUCCAGAGAGCUUGUAUAAUAUAAGGAACUACAUGCAAUUGCAGCUCUGAAAACAACUGUAAGUCACGAUUUGUUGAUAAGAACUUGUACAUGUAGUAGGGUGUCCUAAUGGAAAUUUCAUAAAAUGUGGUGAUAAACAAGUAAAAUUCUCAUGAAAUGAUCAUCUCUGAUAAAUUUGACAAAUCAAGAUUUCGGAAAUAGUCUCACGAAAUGUUAUGGUAUGUGAUUUACAUUGUAUACUAUAUAUAAUUGUAAUAGCGAUGCAAAAUCUAGAUUUAGAAGGCUGUUUAUUUAAGCAAAUAAGAUAAAAUUACCUUGAGUUUUACUGGAUUGUUUGAAAGAAAAAUUGUUUAAUAGAUAUCUUUUUACAUUAAUGGAUUUAUAAAAUGACUUAUUUAUUAAUUAUUAUACAGAUCCAUAUUGAAAUAUUCUGACAAUUGCAUUGUUCCUUUAUUCUCAUUUCCAUGUUUUUAUCAGCGAGAACUGUAUUUUCAAUGGAAAACUUCUGAACUGUUCAAUACAUGUAUCAGAAGUAGGAGGCUGUUUAGUAGUUUUAUCAUUUGACAUUUUCUCCACUACUGUACUAGAUAGACUGUAAAUACGACAUAAAAUAAUACCCAUAUCAGGCCCCGAAAUUAAAAAUGGUGUCGCCCCAAACUAAUUUUUAAUUUGAAAUAUCACGUGACAAAUAUGUUGAUUACUAUACGUUCUCCUUAAAAAUUGUAAAAAUUUAGUAUUUUUUCAAGCAAUUGGAAAUUAUGGGUUGAAAGUGUUCUCCAAAAAUAUGUUCCUGUUGUGGUAUUACAUGUAAUAUAUACAUGUUCAUGUUUAUGUGUUUGUGAUGAGUCAUUACUAAAAUUGUGGAUUGUAUGAUAUAUCUCACCUAAAGAACAAAUUUAUAUCUCAUUAAGUUACUGUCAGAAUGAUAGCAAUGCUCUAAUUAGUAAAUCUAAAGUUUUAUCCCUUAAACAAUAUAACAGAUGGAAAGAGAAUUACGAGUUUGUGGAUUGUAUAUUUUAUUUAGCAUUAUUUGAUAAAUUUUAGGUUACUAUUAUGUUUAAGAAGCCUGUCAUCAAAGACCGUUACAAAGUCCUGGUACAUGCUAUAGAGAAUUGUUACAUCUUGUCUCGAGUUCUACUAUCAUCACAAAUUAGUACAGGGUGCUUGCACUUGGUGGAAGUCCUUCUACCAAUGAAAACAUGACUAGUCAUAGAUUAUUUAUAAUUACAAAGUUAGACAUUUUUAUGAUUUUAAUAUUAAAUCAGUUUUUAUCCAGUUUUAGUUAUGAUUAACACAAUUUGAUGUUUAUAACAAAAGAAUUCAUGUUGAUCUUAUUUAUCAUAUUCUCCAUUUUUAAACUAGAGUAUGUUUGUUUAGUCUAAAAUAAAAUUUGCUGCGUUUCAGCUAACUCGACUGUUUCCACUAACCCAAUAGACCCUAAAUCAUACCCCCUAUUCUAGAAUUUUUUUGACAUUAAACAAGACAAAUAUUCUCUUUGGGGGGUAAUCCUAUGUCCUUAAAAUAAAAAUUAAAAAGUUAGAGAAUAUAGAUAUAUACAGUUGAACUUUGAUAUCUUGAACAUUGAUAUCUCAAAUACCAUGGAUAUGUUGAAGUUAAUUGGGAAUCUCAACUACGUUAAAUUUUUCUUUUUGUAUUUUAACCUCAAUAUCUGGAACCCUCGGAUAUCUCAAAAUUUUCUCUUGGUCCCAUUUAGUUCGAAGUAACGAGGUUUGACCGUAUUUCCUACCAAACUACCCAAAUUUUGACUUGGAUGUUGGCAGAAAUGCAACAAAUUGUAUUUUAGUCUUAUCUACUUUCCAGAGCACAAGAACAAGAUUGCUACUCAUUUUAUCUUGCAAUUCAUAUGGAUAUAAAAAAUGACAAUGUCCAGUUUUAUUUAGAAUCUUUUUGUACAAUUAUGUUGAGUUCAUUUUAUAUUUAGUAAAUGUACAUCAAUUACCUCUUAACACUGAUUUCAGAUUUUAAAAAAAUUAUGUUGCGACUCAAUGCCAUUUUGAAAAAGGACUUGAAUACUGUACCCCAAUACUGGAAAUUCAACAUUUCAUUUGACUUGCAAGACUAGUCACCCAAGAAAAUAUUAAUGGUACAUAGAAAAUAUUAAUGGUACAUACAAAACAUUGGUUCUAGGGGUCGUAAAUAAAAGUGCUGAUUGUUACCUUCUGCAGAACGGGGAAUACCCCACUGCUUCAAGCCAUGCUUUAUGAUACAUUGAUUUACCACUGUGAAAGGCCUUCAUUUUUUUUUAUAUACAUGUAUCUGUAUGCAAGUGUUGAAACUAAUUGUUGCUAUAAAUGUGCAUGUUCAAGGUUAAUAAAACAUAUAAAUGUG